AUGUCGCGUUAUUUGUUGGCUAUUCACGUUUUUGUGCUAAUUGGAAUGCACGUUAAAAUCAUCGAUGCUUUUGGAUGUCAACGACCGUGCGCGCCUAGACCGAUGCCUUAUUCUGCACCUCGACCGAUGCCCUAUGCUGCACCUCGACCGUGUUGCCGUAACGCCUACCAGGCCGGCUACCAGCAACCGCAAGGCUAUCAACAGCCGAGAACUGGCUACGCAGUGGGACCAGGUGGAGGGCUUCCUCAUCCGGAUGAAUUACCCAGUGUUGGAACAGUGCCACCAAUCGAUCAGCUAGUCAACAAGGAGGUUGAGCAACUAACUGCCUCAAAGAAUAUGAUUGAAGAUGGAGAUUUGCAACAAACGAAAGUGAGCAAGACAAAAAUCACUGAAGAAGCUGAUCAGACACAAAAAGAUGAUGCAAAAGGAGAAAGCUUUGAUGACUUUGAAAAGCAAUUAGCUGAAUUGAAAGAAGCUCAUGGAACGGAGAUUGGAGUGGAUGCUGAUGGAGACAAAGCUAGUGAGUCACUCCUCUCAGCCACGCAGUCUCCAGUGCCGAUCGGCUCCGCGCUCCAGUCGCCGCUCUAUCUCCGACCCGAUCAAUCCGCGCAUUUCGCUGGUGGACAGUACCCGGGUGGGUAUGCCCAACCGCAAGUCUAUGCCCGUCCCGUCCCCUACCGCCCACAACCAACCUACUACGCUCCCCAACCGAGAUAUCAACCGCAACCGAUUCGCUGCCCAAUGCCCUCUUAUCGGCCACCACCACAAUCCUACGCCCCACCACCUCGUGGCUAUGCCUUGCCUCAAGGUUUGUACUCGCAAAUCGGCUCUUCCCUUCCACUCCCGACUCCGCUCCCAUUGCCAGCUUUCUCCGAAGUUUCCGCUCCACCCGGCCCACCGCCAUCACCAUUUCAAAGAUACCAUGCUCCAUCGAAUGAAUGCUGUGGUCGAUGCAAUUCCCGUUGUCAUUACAAAACAGCUAAAGCGUUCGGCGUCAGGAACAGGAAAGGGCAGGAAAAGAAACGAGAGGUGAUCAACGAUCUGAAAUGCAACAGUCAUAAAUUGGAGAGAAUUAUGAGCGAAGGAAUGUCGAAAAACGCGGAACAAUCAAAGCGCUUGAUUCAACGAUUGGCUGAGGAGCUGCUUGGAGCUCUUUUCUUCGUGGUCUGCAGCAAAGACGACUUCUCGUACAUCAGCCGCUCCGAGCGUUUCUGCCAAAUCGAGAAAUUCGGCCUCGUUUGCUACGCAUUUCAACAUCAC